UGGAAGGUGAGGGCGCUCCUUCCAGCACGCGGACAGUUUUUACGGACUGUCUGACCCCCUCAUCAACGAGCCACUUCCUCUUUUGUCUAAUUUCAUGGCGAUCGGGAGAGAGGGAACACCACCGACGCACGCACACUGUCUCGGCACUCCUGAAAGAGUUUAUUCGGGUGUAAUCUAAGUUGUCAACCUGAUUGGCACACCGGACGUUGUUCUGCAGGUGAUACUAAGUGGACUUAAUAAAAGGGGCCCCACUAGUUCUUGGAUCUGUUUUUUGCUGUCCCAGGUUAAGACUACUUGGUCUAUGGCUCUGAUGGACAAACACAAACAGGUCAAGCGACAGAGACUUGACCGCAUCUGUGAGGGUAUCCGACCCCCUAUCCUGAAUGGGCCGAUGCACCCGCGGCCUCUGGUGGCUCUGCUGGACGGGCGCGACUGCACUGUGGAAAUGCCUAUCCUCAAAGAUGUGGCCACUGUGGCUUUCUGUGAUGCCCAAUCCACACAAGAGAUUCACGAGAAGGUGUUAAAUGAAGCCGUGGCUGCUCUUCUGUACCACACCAUUACCUUAUCCAGGGAUGACUUGGAAAAAUUUAAAGGCCUACGAGUAAUUGUCAGAAUUGGCUCUGGCUUUGACAAUGUUGACGUUAAAGCAGCUGCUGAUCUGGGUAUUGCUGUCUGUAAUGUGCCAGCAGCCUCGGUGGAGGAGACAGCCGACACGUCGCUAUGUCUGAUUCUCAACCUGUACAGGCGAGUCACCUGGAUGCACCAAGCCCUAAGAGAGGGAACCCGGGCCUCUAGUGUGGAGCAGAUCAGAGAGGUGGCUGGUGGUGCUGCUCGAAUCCGGGGUGAAACGCUGGGCAUCAUCGGUCUUGGGCGUGUUGGGCAAGCUGUAGCACUACGAGCCAAGGCCUUUGGGUUUGGAGUAAUCUUUUAUGACCCCUACCUGCCCGAUGGUGUGGAGCGUUCUCUGGGCCUGCAGCGAAUGGCCACCCUGCAGGACCUGCUCAUCCACUCUGACUGUGUAUCCCUGCACUGCAGCCUCAAUGAGCACAACCACCAUCUCAUUAAUGACUUCACCAUCAAGCAGAUGCGCCAAGGAGCCUUUCUGGUAAACACAUCAAGAGGCGGUCUGGUUGAUGAGAAAGCACUGGCUCAAGCCCUGAAAGAGGGCCGGAUACGAGGGGCUGCCCUGGAUGUCCACGAGACAGAACCUUUCAGUUUUUCAACAGGCCCCCUGAAGGAUGCUCCCAACCUGAUCUGUACCCCACAUACAUCUUGGUACAGCGAGCAGGCCUCAGUGGAGGCUCGUGAAGAAGCAGCUAGAGAAGUGCGUCGGGCCAUCACAGGCCGUAUUCCAGACAUUCUGAAGAAUUGUGUUAAUAAGGAGUAUCUGAUGGCAGCCUCUCAAUGGUCCAGCAUGGAGGCAGCAGCCGUUCACCCAGAACUUAAUGGAGCCACCUACAGAUUUCCUCCAGGUCUGAUCAAUGUUGCAGCAGCGGGAGGGCUCCCAGGAACUGGUGCAGGAGUUGAAAGCCUGGUUUCAGGAACCCUGGCGCAUGGCAUCACCCCCAUCUCCCACCCCCCUCACGCCCCGUCCCCAGGGCAGCCCACUAAGGCUGAAGCUGACAGAGACAUCCCCUCUGACCAAUAGCCCCUCCCCCACGCCGCCGCCAGCACAUUCCGUUAUCUCUGGAAACCAAACCCCUCUCCCAGGAUCAGACAUAACCCAACAGCCCCAGUUUGACCUGACAUUUCUCUGAUCACACAACCAGCCCAGGAGCUAACAUCAUCCUACCCACAUCCCUCCAUCCUCAUCUCACUCAACAUCGCUCCUUCCUUCACCCCCCCACUAAGUCAGCAAUAACUGUGUUCUCAAGGAUUCAAUGAUUGGAUUGGAGUAGUUCCUUAGUUGGCUGUUGUUUUAAUGGAAAGUUGAUCUUUUGUGGUUCUAGGUGUUCAUAUGUUUUUGUUUUAAAAGGAAAAAAAAGGCUUUUCUGUCAUGAGGCUUUAGCUUCCUGCCUUCAGCAGGCCUCUGCUGGCUUUGACCUCUAGAGGAAUAAGGACAGGAAGGUUGAAGCCCCACUUUGUACAUUAAUGGCUCAUGUUACUGCUCUCUUCUUCUUCUGUUCUCCUUUUUUUUCUCCCUCUCUCUCCUUCUCAACUCUUACAAUUGAGGAAAAUAUUUUCUGAAGUAAACCUGAUAAGGUCUUGUCCAGCUCAUCAUCAUCUAGGUGUUCUUCAGCCUACUUGCCCUCAUCUUGCCCCCAGUACUGUUUUUGGGUUGCUCAGCAGAGGCAUCAGUGUGGAGCUCUCUAACUGUGAAAGUAUAUUAUUUGCUCAGCUCAUACUCGAGCUUUAAACCUUUUUCCAGAGUGAUACCUGAAAUUUGUCAACUUUUACUGCUGUGAUUUUCCAGUUUUAAAGACAGUUGUCUCUAUUUACACAUGCUUUGUCCCCGCCCCCAUCUUGCCCUUAUGGAUUAUUUUGUCAUGAGACGACAACUAAAAACAUUGUAUCAGAGAGCAUCUUGGCAUUAACAUCCCCUGCCAGCAGCCAGAGAGCUGCUUGUGCGUUUUUGUGCUCUCACUGCCCAAACAACCAAAUGCAGCAGCGUACCAGCAGAGGGCGCCAUCUGUCUGGCUGCUAGUAGAUGAUGGAGACACAGACAGAUGGACGGUUACAGGUUAGCUUCAGUGAUGGGAGAACAUGACUCACUGCCGCCAUUCAGAACAAAAGGAGGUGACCCAGGUAUUGACUAACAUUUUAUUUAAGAUCUCACCACCACACUGCACCCACCCUCCCAUCCCUUCCAUCUGUCAUGGCCCAUCCCUCUCUGGGUUGUAUGCAUCCACCAAUUCCUUCAGGUGUGAGGGGACAGCAUGGAUUAGAUUCCUUGUAGGAGCAAGGGGACAGUGUUCCUGCAUGCUGGCUCAUUAAAGACAGUGGUGCGUGUGUGUGUGUGUGUGUAUGCGCGUGCGCACCCUCCCUCACUGUUGUGAUAAGAAGCUGUUGUCGAUCCAAAGGAAUUGUCCCUAGGAGUAACUCUUAAAAACGCUGUUGCCCUGGUGUCAAGGGAACACCUUUCUAGUACCUCAGUAACAGAUAUUGAAUGUACCGUGCAUACCCUUAUAUAUUUUUUUUUUUGUACAGACUUUCUAGAUACGUCUAUACUGUCCUUUACUAAAAGGGUUGUGAAAUUGUAGCAGUAACGAGACAAUUAAAAAGAACAACGCCCCAUUAGAUAAUUUGACCAAAUCUUUAAAGGUUCAGUAAGGUCGCGGAAUACUCAGGCUUCAAAACCAACACGUAUCUCUUUGCCUUUACUUCUUGAUUUCCUCAUUAUGAGAAAAUUCAGCACAAUUUUCCAUUUUUAGACUUCAGACUGUAAAAGUGCUUCAACCUGAAUCUUACUGGCUGAUGAAAAAUGAAAAAAAAAAAUUAUAUAAACAAAAAACAAAACAAAAGUUGGUCAUCGUGGUCUGCUAGUUUUAUUUUGUAGAACGGUAGUACUAGAGGCUGUUUUUGUUUUUCAUUUUAUCUCCAUUUAUUGUCAAGCUGCUCUAUCUAUAGUGCAUGUGAGGUCAUUUUUAAGGGGACGUAUGAUUGACCCCCACCCCAUCUCCUCCUACCCCAGCCCCGCUUACCCCAGCCAAGUGUUUUCAGCCCGAGUUGCCAUUUUUGUCGUGGUCAGUUUCCAGUGAUGUACAGUUUUUUCCCACUCAGAGUCUAAGAGAGACAUGGAGCAUGUCUGUGUCCUGAAAUGGUAGGCUCCUCUGUCAUUUGAUGAGUAUAUAUUUUUAAAAAGAAUAACCCCCAUAGUUUGGAUUAUGAGCUUAAUGGUAAUCUUAAAUUUUGCUGUUGAUGAUGAUUAUAUAUAUUUUUCAGUUCAGCAGUGCACUGUUAUGAAAACCAUUUUGUUUUAUUGUAGGACUUAGUUUCUAAUGGAUAUGCUGUUGGUGUUCUACAUGUUGUACUGAAACAUUUCGGAGAAAACGAGCUCCCCCACCUUCUUACUACUACUUUUUCUUUCAUUCUUUCUUAGUCUUAUCCUAUUUGUUGUCUCCGGCUUCUUAUAUCCUGUGGGCCUUACUUCUCUCUGUUACAGUAGCUGUUAUCGUCGCCAUGGAACCACUCACUGCCUUAAUACAGUUGACCACAACAGGUGAAGUCAGGAGACACACCCAGCCGAGAAAGAAGGGGCCAUGAUUAAGGCCUCUCCACUAAAAAAAAAAAAAGCUCCUCUCACCCCCCCACCCCCCAAAGGCCAGCGUCUACUGCACCUUGCAUUUCUUUUUCAGUGGUGAACCACAUUUAGCCUUUUGUGAAGCGUUUUAGCUCAUUCUACAGUCAUAAAUCCAGUGUGAAUUCUUACUGUGCAUCAAUAUGACUUUUUUUUUUUUCUUUUUUUUCUUGGUGUUUUAAUUGUUCAACCAGCCUGGCAAUAUGUGUAACAGACAUACACAUUAUGUACAUUUAGCAACGCAGCAACCGAUGUUUUAUUAUUGGGUGUGAGACUUCCCAGCCGCCAUCACCACUCUGGGGCUCUUAAAGCGUGUUUCUCAGCGUUAACCAAGCCUCAUUGUGGCCUGUAAAAAACAAAAAAAAAAAAGGGGGGGGGGGGUGGGCGCAGAGGACGUCAAUGUGGUCUGUCGACACAAAAGAAAAAAAGCCGAAAAUUGUGUUGAGAGUUGGUCACUUUUUCUCUCUCUCAGGGUUCAAAUGCACACAUAUCCUCCAGCCGUCGCCGCCCCGUCUCGUGUUCCUCAUCCCAGGUUUCCUCCGUCAGAAUGUAGAACCGCCUCCUGCGUUUUUUAGAAACUCCUCCGUAGUGCACACGUCUGAACUGUUUCUUCUUUUCUUUUGGCACUGAUAUCUAACCAUCUAACAUGGAAUGAAUGAAUGAAUGAAAGUGACUGUGUGUGAUGUUAAAAUUGGGAAAUGUAUUUUUACAACAUGUGAACAUUUUUU